ACGGUACCAGAAAUCUGUUGACCACAGCUCUUAGGGGGAGGGCAGGGAAACGUUUUUGAGGAAAUGGGUGUAGAGAACCCCUCCUAUGCCCAACUCUGCAUUCCUCCUCUGCACUCUUUUCUUCAAGUUAAUUUUUCCAAACGCCUCUGCAGAAGAAAGACGAGAGGAAAACAGCAGAGCAGCAGCUGAACCAUCAGAGAGAACCAUCAGGAGUUUAUAUCCUGUUGCUCUGAACAUAACGGUUGAUUGGCCGUAGGACAUACUUUGCUGCAAACAGCCAUGGUGCGUCUGCUGGUAUCCGUCACUGUCCUGCAUUUGGUCAGCUUGGCCAUGCUUUUCAUCGCCACUCUGGAAAAGUCCUGGUGGGUUUGGACAGAGACAGAAAUCACUGACCUUUGGCACAACUGCUUCUACAUGAACUCCACGCAAACCUGGGUUUGUGCAGCAGCCACUGAAAGCGACUGGCUUCAGUCCGUUCAGGCCCUCAUGAUCCUGUCUGUGGUUUUCUCAUCCGUCUCUCUCCUGGUUUUUCUGGGUCAGCUCAUCUUCUUGUCCAGGGGACGUCUCUUCUACUUUACAGGCCUCUGCCAGGCAUUUGCAGGUUUUACAGACUUUGCCGCUUGCCUCAUCUUCACCUUCCACAGAAAGGAGAUUCUAAGCCACUCCAGAGAUCCAAGCAAUGGACGCUUUGGCUUCUGCGUCAUCCUGGCGUGGCUGUGCGUCCCUCUGCUUCUCGUCAGUGGAGUCCUGUACGUCCAUCUGCGAAAGAAGCAGUGAAGCAAGAAGAAAUAAAUGCAUAAAGGGAGCUGUUUUCAGAGAAUCUUUAAAUAGAACGAGGUUAAAUGUCCAGGAGCGACACAUUUUAUUUUCUUUUAUUCUCUUGUGUGGUGAAAUAAUCUUGAUAGCAUCUCAGAAAUGCUUUGAGAUCUAAUCUCAUUGUGUAAUAUGAAGCAUUAUGAAAGAGAAAAAUAAACUCAUAACUUGGUUUUUAA